AUGCGGAGGUUGCUGCAAGGGGUUACCGCCUCCACAGGAGGAGGGUAUAAGAGGGAGGAAGUCACCUUCGCAGAGGAUGGUUGGGCUCGAGCUUCCAGUAGGAAGGGUCACCCGUACACCUCACCCGCAGCGGGAGAAGAAGGGGUAGGGGCCGAGGAAGGACAGACGUUGUACCCGGAGGGCGACUAUGCAGAGCAUGACGGGGAGGCCGAGGACCUCGACUACACGCAGUAUUACACGGAGGCGGAUGGGGAGAAGGCGGCAGAAGGCGAGGGGGAAGACGGAGACUCCGGAUAUUUGGAAGCGGAGUCUCCCGUGGCGGAACUAGAGGACGAGGAGGCGUAUGACUACUCUUAUGAGGGUGCUGAGACGCAGGAGGGGGCAGCGGAAGACCAAGAAGGCACGAAUGGGCCCUACGAAGAGGCGGAGGCGGAUUACGAGGACUACGGCGUGGAUAUGGAGGAGAAAACAGGGAUAGAAGAGGAAGGGGACGAGGCGGAAGCCAGUGUCGAAGAAGAAGCUGCUGCGGAAGGCAGAGGGGAGGAAGAGGCCUCCCAGUCGCUCGAGCCCUUCACCUUAUCGCAGAUUGCCCAGCGCGUGCAUGUUCGCCGCGUGGAGGGCAAGGGGAGGUGUCUGUACACCCGAAACGCCCUGGCCCCGGGAGAAGUCAUCUUUGUCGAGCGGCCUGUGUUGGUCGCUGUGCCCUCCCUCAAUCCAGAACUGUGGGAUCUCCUGAAUGAGCUGAAUGGAGAGACGGCUUUCGAGCUGCCCCCCAUCUGGCAUCUCGCGGCACUCUGCUCGCUGACGAUGCUCGAUGAAGAGGCCUUCAACGUGUGUCUCGACAAGUGGGUGCCCGACGAGGAUAGCGAACCCAGCCAAGACGUUUUGCGAGUCACAACUUCCAGCCCUUGCAGUGUGUGCCGAACUGUGCCGGUUGACGCAACUAUUGAGCAGUAUGUUACUUUUGAAACGGCUUAUGCCGAUCGGCUGGCAGACACCAACAAGAACGAUAUGCCCGAUGCGGAGAUGGUUUACGAACAGGCUUCUCGAGUUUUUACGCGGCAUUGGAUUCUUUUCCAACUGGAUACUAUCUUGUUUGAAGGCUACCGCGCUGCAGGCGACUAUGAGUCCGCCUACGUCCACCAGAUGCACCGACUGGAAUAUGUUUCGGCAGUGCUUCCCUUGCCCUCGUACUCGCUGGCCUGGCUGUACGAAGAGAUGGGAGACGUGCUCUGGUCCAGAGUGCAGGCGAAGGGAAAGCCCUAUGCAAAUAGCCGUCUGCGAAUUGCAGGUCGCCACUUUGAGGAUGCUUACAACCUCCUGUACAUCCUCUGCGGUCCCGAACAUGAAUACACGACCGCGGCGGCAACCAAAAGGAACAAGAUCGACGAGCUUACAACAGACGUUUAA